AUGCGGUUCUCAGACUUCCAGCCGCCGCUCUGUGCCGAGAUCCUCGCAGAGACCGAUGCUCGUGGCUUCGAGUACAUGACCCCCGUACAGGCAGCUACACUGCCUCUCCUCCUAUCCAACAAGGACGUGUGCGUCGAUGCGUGCACGGGUAGCGGCAAGACGCUGGCCUUUGUCCUGCCCAUCGUGCAGCUGCUCAAGUCCAAGCUGGCAGACGGCAGCAUCACGACGCCCCGUCGGACCGACCUCACCAAACUCGUGGCGAUGAUCAUCUCUCCCACGCGUGAGCUCGCGCGCCAGAUAUUCGAGUGCGCCGAGACGUUCGUGGCCCGUGCGCUGCCUCAUGUGCAGCUGCUGCUGUUUGUAGGCGGAACGAGUGUCGACGAAGACUUGUCAUUGAUUCGAGGAGCUACGGGGAAAUGCUCAGUGGUUGUGGGAACACCGGGCCGAACGGAAGACUUGCUGAACCGCUGCGUGGGCUCUAGUGUCGAGACCCGCGAGUUUGAGAUGCUCAUUCUGGACGAAGCUGACACUAUCCUGGACAUGGGCUUCGAAGUGAGUCUCAACAAGAUUCUCGCACACUUGCCGAAACAACGACGGACCGGAUUGUUUUCGGCCACGCAGACCCAGGAGGUGAAGGCGCUCGCACGUGCAGGGCUGCGAAAUCCAGCGACGAUUUCGGUACAAGUGGCGAACAACACACAAGUGACUCCAGCCACGUUGCAGAAUUACUUUUGUUUAGUUGGCCAAGACCAACGGUUGUCGGCGCUGCACCACUUUGUACUGACGAAGAAAGACGAGAAGCUCAUUGUGUUUUUCUCGACGUGUGGAUCUGUGGACUUCUUUGGACGCGUGCUGGAAAAGCUGCUCAGCGAAAAGGCGAAAUUUCCAGUUGUGUCGCUGCAUGGUAAGAUGCCGCAGAAGAAGCGGACGACUAAUUAUGACCAUUUCUCCACGUUGAAGUCUGGACUACUCGUGUGCACGGAUGUCGUUGCGCGUGGCAUCGAUUUACCUGAUGUGGACUGGAUCGUGCAGUAUGACCCGCCACAAGACCCGAACUUUUUCGUGCACCGUGUGGGGCGAACGGCCCGUGCAGGACGCUCUGGUUGUGCGCUUUCAUUCUUGUCGUCGAACGAGGACGCGUAUGUGAAUUUUCUGAAGAUUCGCAAAGUGCCGUGCGAAGAGAUGAUGCUUCCGCUCGACACGAUGGAGGAUGUCCUGCCAAAGGUAAAGUCGCUGAUUUUAGAAGAUCGUGAUUUGCUUGAAAAAGGCACAAAGGCUUUCAUAUCUUUUGUACGCUCGUACAAGGAACACCAGUGCCAGUUUAUCUUUCGGUUCAAGGAGCUUGAUCUGGGUGCGGCAGCUCGUGGAUUCUGUUUGCUGCAAUUGCCCAAGAUCAAUGAGCUACGCAAUGUGCGCAUCAACUUUGAGAAGACUGAUGUGAAGAUCACGGACAUCAAGUUCAAGGACAAGACUCGUGAAAAAGAGCGUCAGAAGAAGCUGGUAGUGAUUGCGAAGGAGAAUGAAGCUCGCGACAGAAAGGAUGCUGAAAUGCGCGAGAAGAAGCGCAAACGGGCGCUGGAGGACGAAGACCGAAAGCACCCACGUCGGCGCGAAAAGAAGAAGGGUUUGCACCAGCAGAUCAUUGAGGAAUGGGAAGAGUUGGCUGAGGAAGAAAAACUGUACAGGAAGAUGAAGAAGGGCAAGAUCACGGAGAAGGAGUACGAGAAGUCGCUGCUGGGCAAGGUGGACGAUUCUGACGAUGAAGACGACGACGACGAUGCCGGUGAAGGCAGCAAAAAGAAAAAGCCGAAGUGGCAACGUGCAGAAGAGAAGCUAAAGGAGCAGUUUAGAAAGAAGGAACCGGUCGUGAAGAAGACUGCAGAGCAGAAACGUGAGGCUGCCAAGCGCGAGGAACGCAUUCGUAAGCGUAAAAAGUCUCAGCACGUCCAACGCGCUUUGCAAAGAGCCCAGCGCCGUGCCCGGCGCUAG